GCUAUGCACUGUCUCCUUUACUGAUGACUUUACUGGUUGUUAAGAAAUAAUUACUGCUUUCAAAAGAAGUGGGCCUCAUUCAAUCCAUGCUUUAAUCCGUAAUCACCUACAAAUGUCAGAUGACUGAUCACAACAAUCUUUGACCAAUUACAGAAGACCAAAAGACCUCCACGAUAAUUUCUGAGCUUCAGUAAUUUAUGUACCACCAUUAAUGUGUUAUAAUGGAUUGUACUGCCAUUGGGCAAUGUUUGGAUCUUGUUUCCUAGUAUAACCCUUAGAAAACAUGCUCACGCAUUUGAACAAACGAUAGGGCAAAGUCAACAGUCAAUUACUGGUUCCCCCUUUCCCUUUGGAGCAUAACUGUACUAUGUUAGAACUAGGGAAAUCUAAAUUGUUUUAAAAUUAUUUUUUGGUUUCCAAAACAAGCCCAGGCUGGCCUUUUGAACUCAGCAAUCCACCAGCCUCUACCUCCAAGUACUAGGACUAAAGACGUGUGAACCACCAUGUCCUACUUUGAAUUAUUUUUUUCUUAAACAAGUAUAAUCUUCAAAACCAUAAAUCAUCUCUAUGCUCAAGGUCUUAAAAAGCAAUGGGUUUGGGGGAAAGCAAUUCAUAAGCAAAUUGUGUUUUUCUCAAAGACUACCUCUUAGGUCUCAAAAAUCUGUUAUUUCUGUCUGUGAAGCUUGGGUGAUUUCAGGUUGGACAAAUCGGGCAAAUCUGAAGGGUUCCACCGGAUCACUGGUUUGGGGCAAGGGUAAGUUGAAGCCAGCGGGAACUUCAUUAUGAUCUCCACAUGCACUUAAGCAUCUUCAUUGUCCCUAAAAACAAUCCUUACUGUCCAAGUAUCCUGAUUCCAAAACUAAACAGGGGGAACAAGGCUCAAGUGGGGAAACCAACUUGUCAUUUAACAGCACGUGGCAGAAACAAGAUCGGUGAAGGGACUCUUCGGUUUAGCAGAGAACCCGGUAUUUCAUUACGUUUACCAUCUACACAAAAAGACUAAAUGAAGAGCAGCAGGCUGAGUCCUGAGGGGGAAAGCAGUAUUCCACGUUGAGAAAGGAGUUCCUAGCAGAUCUGCUGAUAAACACACGGGCAACGCACUGGAUUACAGUGCGGAAAUUACUCAGACGAGUUCUACGGGGCUCCUGCAAUCUUUGAUCUUAAAACCUUAAAGAGCUCUAGGACCGGUGUAAAAACUCCCCGGUUCCAUCAGCUUUCAUAAUCUCUGUUCAAAAGAAACAGAAGUUGGACUAGAACAGGCGGGAAGUGACCGGCUUGCCCCUGAGCGGAUCCCCUCUCCGGGUGAGCGAUCUGAACACCACAGAAGUGCGCUUGGGCUGGGCCCCGGUCCCGCCCUCCUAUCUCCACUCAGGCCCAGUGGCCUUCUCAUUAACCAUUCCAUUUUCGUUACCAUCCCAUCACUUUCCGAGGCACAAAUAAAUACCCCGGAAGGAUCGGUAAUAACAUGAAGCCCAUUUUCACUCACUGGCUUCGAAGCCUGGAAAAGCUAUGGCAUGCGCAGGGGUGAGGACGGGGGACAAAAGAACAGGUUUAAUCGUUCCCAGCUGUCAAGUUGAGAGUGUUGAGGCAACCAUCACAGGCAGCCGGGAGCGAAGGCUAGCCACCCUGUAUUUGCGGCAGGAGCGAGCCUGGGGCCAACCCGGGUUACAAAACGUGUGCAUUACUUUUCAAGAUGACCUCGCACGCGCGCGAUGACACUAGAGAGGAGUCUCCACUGAGCUUCUUUCCCACCCAAGACCCGGAGCUCAGGGAACCCUAGGCGAGCGCAGUUAACCAGGUGCUAGGUGUUCGGUCCCCAGAAGGAUCCCCGACCCGCAGGUGCGCCCACCUGCCAGUCUCGGGGCCAGCUCCCCAGGCUGUCCUGAGUCUGGUUAAUCAUUCAACACGGGCGGCGUGGAAUAUUUUUUAGAGGUCAACACGAAAGGUUCUCCCGAAGUUUCACAGAAACCAGUCUUUGGGUACCCGGAGAUAACAGUGCCAGCGGAUGGGGGUGGAAAGCGACAGCCAGAGGCUCACAAACACCUGAUCUGCCCCUGCGGCACCCGAGACCGGCGCAGUGCGCGGGCGGGGCAGCACAUCGCCGGCGAUGCUCCCCCGCCGCCCAGGCCCGCACCUCAAGCGCGGGGUGCAGCGCGGCUCAGGGUGUCACUGCCCUCUCCCUGUGGGUGCAGGAAGAGCAGAGGCCGAGCAGGUGAGAAGGUCGGGAAGGAGGUGGAGGCCCAGAAACUGGGGAGAAGGUGAGGAGACUGUGAAGGAGGAGAGAAGGACCGGGAGGUGAGGAAGCCGGGCAGGAGGAACGGAGAGACCGUAAGGCGAUCCGGGAGGUGAGGAGGCCAGGGAAAUGAUGUGCGGAGACCAGGGAAGUGAGACUGGGGGCGGCGAGGAGGACCCGAUGGAGCGGAUGCGCAGACACCGUAGGAGCCACAGAGGAGCGGCCGGGAACGACGGGCGCCCACACCGGCCGGAACUGGCGCGGCGGGGCGGGGACGCAGGGCCGGUGCCCACCCACCCGGCCCUACCUUGUCUAGGGACACCUCCAGCUCGGCGGGGCGGGGCGGGAGACCGCGGCCGCAUCCACGUCCCAGCCGCGCGUGCGGCUCAGCCCCGCGACCGCCGCCGCUCUCGCUCCAUGCGCAGUGCGCGGACCGGCGGCCCGGCGGGGUCUGGGCGGCUCCGGCUCGCCUCAGCUCCAGCACUUGUUGCCGCGGCGGCCGCUGCGCCUCACUCCCGGCCAGGCUCCGGGCACCGCCGCCGCCUGCCGCGUCCCUUCGGUCCCGCCCCCGCCCGACUCUCCAAUCACACGGCGCGCCACUGCGCGCGUCACCGCCGGGACUGCGGGGCUCCCGCCCCUUGGGCCAAGUUUGGGAAAGGCCGAACUCGAACCCUCCCGCCAGUUGGCGCCCAGGUCCCGCUGGGAUGGUGCCCCGGGCCCUUUCCGAGCUCUCCGCCCCUCAUUGCGCCAAGAAAACCAAAGUUACACUGGGGCGCGCGGUCUCCAAAGACUACCCCCCCGCGCCCCAGGAAGUAACCUCCCCCAGAAAAACAGAAGAGACCGAGUCCCAAACCUUGCUGAGAUCCAGGGACUAGUCCAAACUCUUCAGCUACCAGGGCGUGGCGCUCAGUGAGAAUUUUUCUGCCAGCGCCGGCGUGUGGCUAAGCCUAUACGGCUCCGCGUGGUUGGUGAGAGGAAUCCACCAUGGGAGGUGAGGAGAGGGAAACCCAAGUGCACCUGACCUUUGCUCUCAGCAUACACAAUACCGGCAACCACCUAGAUACCUGUUUGGCUUCUUCGGAUCUUCAGGUUGUGAAGUCAUCAGAGACAUGAUGAGGUUUCCACGUGGUUUCACUAAUGUCCCAGAAAGCCAAGAAUGCAAGAUGCGGGAGGCGCUGGGUGCGGAGUUCGCACCGCGACUUCAGGAGUUGGGCUUAGCAAGGAAUCUGAACGCUGACCCCCGAGGAUGAUGUUGGACUGGGCACCAACCACACCCAACCGCGGAGCACCCGGGACCCGGCACGCUCCGCACCUAACCCAGCGCCUCCGCAGGCUCCCCAGAGCGCUACAUGCCAAGAAGGCUUCAGAUGGAGUUAGCCAAAGGGAAGCCACUGACUUUCCAGCGCUGGGAAGUGGAUUUCAGUCCGCUCUCCCACGACCACGGAGUGGUUACUCGCAGAAAGAAGUACGAGUUGUCUUGGAUGCGCAGAGCCACGUGGGUACGGUCAUCUAGAAGAAGGAAUUCUGAGUCCUUGGCUCUAGAAACGUCAAGAUUGGCAGUCUGCAGACAACGUUCUCCAAAAAACCAACUUGGAUUUUUAUCUAUUUACACUGUUAACCACUGUUACCCUGGACAAGAAAGGAAGAGAAAGUGUCUACUUUUCUUGACUCUGCGGGAUUUUUUUUCCCCCACAAUUAUAAUUCGGAAAGCCAAUAAAGGAAGCAUAUUAGAAGUUA